AUGGGGAUAGUUCAUAAACUCAUAACUUCUGUCUCCGGAUUGUACAACAACAUCAAUCCAAUAACAUUGAGUGGGGUCAAUGAUGUUAUUGUUGUUGAAGGCAAGGAUGGAAAGCUGAGGUGCACGGAGUUCCAACUUCGGUUUGGAAGGCUCUACUUUUAUGGAGUCAAUAACCAGACGGUUCAUCUAUUCAUCAAUGGAAAAAUGUGCGAUAUAACAAUGUCCAUAACAAGCCAGGGAGAGUUGUUCUUUGAAAAAGACACAGAGGACGACCUUGGAUUGGACUAUGAUAUCAUACUCGAGUACAACAAGAAACUCUCCACGAUGUUUGACUCAGACGAUGAGCUAAUUCUUAGCAAGAGGUUGGAGCAGCUCUCACUGGGAAAUGGCUCUGAUCUCAGUACAUUGAACUUCGAUGUUGUAAUGAAGUACAAAGAAAAGAACCUCAACAUUGAAGACAUUGAAUUCAAGAAGUAUUUAAGAAAAGAAAGGACAGAGAACCUUAAAAAGCGAAUGUAUGGCCAGGUUCUGCAUCAAAGAGACCAUAAGGAUUCAUACCAUGAUUUCGAAAAGAGAUUCGUCAAGUUCGGGAAUCUAAUCAAUUCCACAGAGCACUUCGACUUCCUAAUAGGAAAAUAUCGAUCUGUCCUUCAUCUUAUUGCCGGGUUACAUCUUUACCCACCAUUCAAUGACAAAAUCUGUGACGGAAAUACCAAGGAGUGUAUGGGAGCAAGCAUAUCAUUUUCUCUUUGCUACAACAAAAAAAUACAGGAAUCUUUGGAUCAUACAUUCAACUCCUUCCUGGUUCAAGAGAUAAGAAAUAUAGAAAGCCUGGUUGUGAGGGUCCAAGGAUGUAAGAAGUGUAACUUCCGUUUCUAUUUACCAUACGAUAUAUUCUGUAAAAUAUUCUUUGAAAUCCAAGGGUCUCGGAUCAAUAAGGCAAAGAAGAUUAUGAAGAUCCUUGAAAAUGAGCAUAAUAGACUUCUUGGGUGGAAUAUAUUUGGGACAAAAAAGAUAAUCAAAAGGGAUGUAUCCUUUUCUUUGAAGCUGAACUCUGAAGAACUAAAGAUGCUCAACCUAAAAGAGGGGAAAAAUCAAGCAAUCUUUAAAAUCAGUGGUCUGAACAAGCACCUGGAGGGGAAUAUAUACCUAUGGAAGGACGAUGCCAAGAUAAUUGUCUCAGAUAUUGAUGGCACAAUAACAAAGAGUGAUGUUUGGGGUCAUCUUUAUGGUAUGAUAGGAAGGGACUGGACUCAUCAUGGCGUGGCUUCACUAUACACAAAAAUAGUCAGAAAUGGAUACAAAAUAGUUUAUCUGACUGCGAGGGCUCUGGGGCAAUCGUCCUCUACAAAGUCAUAUCUCAAGAGUGUAUACCAAGACGGAUAUAAGCUCCCCGAUGGGCCUGUAAUCUUAUCACCAGACGGUGUAUUUGCAGCACUAUAUAGGGAACUGAUAAUAAGAAGGCCAGAAGACUUCAAGAUAGCAUGUCUGAAAACAAUUCAGGGCCUUUUUGGAGAUACAAAUCCAUUCGUUGCAGGGUUUGGAAACAAAAUCACUGAUGUGAUAACUUAUAAAGCAUUGGAAAUCCCUCUUUCAAGAAUUUUCACGAUCAAUCACAAGGGAGAAUUAUACGUAGAGUUGGUAAAGACACUAUCUGGAACAUAUAGGACAAUGAACGAUUUUGUAGACUGCAUGUUUCCAUAUCUAUCUACUAAGACCAUCCCAUUUAUAGAUCACUCAUUUAGUGAUUUUUCUUGGUGGAGUAUCCAGAAUGCAUCCCGUACAUAA